AUGUAUGACACCAACUUCGAACCCAAGACGGUCGACGCGAUGGUACCUCAGCUGGUCCCGAGCAAAACAAACUUCAACUUGCUCGACUCGCCGCUGGACUUGAAUUCGACCGGCGCUUCGUUAGAUAGUCAGAGUGGACCCUUUGCAUCUAGUGAGCAGUUCUACAACCAUCAAAUGUAUGGUAGUCUUCGUAAGGGCAGGUCCGUGAACUUUUUUUCCAUGGAGUGUCUCGGUCUCGUGGCUGCUACGUUCACCUCUAUGCUGACCUACCAAGCUCUGCUCGUGCUGGUGCAGCCAAUGUACAACACGCAAUUGGGACUAAGCCCGACGUCAAUUCUUGCCGUCAAGCGACUGAUCCAGAUGCCCAUGACCCUCAGUUUCCUCGUCGGUCUACUGUCCGACUGUUACCCGAUCAUGGGUCUUCGUCGUAAAGGUUAUAUGAUCCUCGGCUGCAUCAUCAAUGCCGUCGCGGUGUUUGCAAUCGCCAUUGUGAGUGCGUCUCUUAGCCAUGACGCGACGGCUAGCAAAGGAUCGGUGGUUGUCGCUCUUUUCUUUGUCGCUCUGUCCAGCAUGGGCUGCAUCACCACCUACGUGUGCGUGCACACUCGGGUGGUGGAGUUCUCACAACGUGAAUCUCUGCGUGACCGUGGUUCCAUUCAAGUGACUUACUUGAUCUUCCGCCGCUUCGUAUCCAUCUUCACGUCGGUGCUCUCGUUUCUAGCUUUGGGCACGGGCCCCGAACCCAACAUCUCGAUAUCGACAGCAAUGAUCAUCCUUGGAGUUUUGUCGAUCUUGCCACUGCCGCUUAUCUUUCGUUUCUGGGAUGAGGAGGUAUACUCGCUCAAUACGUCCAUGAAGAUCCGGGGUCAGAUUCUGUGGAAAAUCAUGCAGCAGAAAGCGGUGUGGCGAAUCCUCGCGUUCAUUUGGUUCUUCACGCUGUUUUUGGGCAUCAAGUUCAAUCAGUCGACCACUGUCGUGAGUACGUGGGCUGGUGCGAACGAGGACAAUUCGCUGGUUGUCAAAACUAUCCAGGACCUCGUGAUGAUCGGCGUCAUGCUCGUGUGGCGCUACGUCUUUAUGAAUCGGGUGUGGCCCAUCUUCUUUGCAUUGGCGCCUGCUUUCCAGAUCGUACCGAAUCUCUUUGUGACGCUGCUGGUGUCGUUGGAUGUGGUGCGCAACCGCUACUUUUACCGAUUCUUUUACGCAAUGACUUAUGUCUCGGACGGCAUUGGUCUUCUGAAUACUAUCGUGCCCGUGACGGAGAUUGUUCAAGAGGGUUCCGAAGGCGCUAUGGUGGGCCUUACACUCACACUGCAACGUUGUGUGAACAUCUUUGUGGAUACGAAUGCUCAGGGUAUUUUCCAAGGGUCAAAUUUUUACGACGUGGACGAAGUUGCCGCAGACACUUCAAGCGCGCGUUGGGACGUUGUGCUAUCGCUACUCCUGAAUUUUGGGAUAAACGCUCUCGCUUGGGUUGGACUCUUUUUCCUGCCGUCUCAAAAGCUCGACGCGCAGCAGUUGCGCAUGUACGGUGGCUUCACGAAGGGCGCAAGUGGCGGUAUUGUAGCGCUUUGUCUCUUGUUUUUUAUCUACUCGCUUGUGGUGACCAUCAUGUCACUCAUUCCUUCUACCAUGUGCUUCACCCUCGCCGGUGACACAGGUUGCUAA